AUGGAAUUUUGUUUGCGUCUCCAACCUUUUAUAAGAAAUCCUCGUGCUGCAGCGGCCGGCCCUUGCUUCUCCUCCCUGUCCCAAGUCUCACGGAAAGUGCUUUGCAACCACUACGCUGUCUUUGCCAUUGCCACUGCGAGAACCAUUCUGAGCGUUGACGCAACUCCACGUCGAACCCACAGCAAACAUGUGCACACAGGUCAUACACGAAUAUACCGCCUGCAAACACAAGAUUGUGGAAAAGGUGCCUUGCGCUGUAUCAAGACGGAAUGCAUGCGGCGUCCUCAACCCAAGAACGGUGAUACAUCACUCCAAAUGCUUCAAGUGUGGAGGAGGGUGAGAGCAGCCUUGCAGCAUCGCAGUGUGCAAGUACUCGGACCACGCUGA